AUGGCCUUCGCUUUAUUGGUUUUUCUCUCUCUGCUUGUGGCGACCACACGGGCUGGUAGUGGCUGCAAUGAGGCUGCGGAUGAUCCGGGUCCGUGGGUGAGCCAGUUGGACAUUGAGAAGACUGAGGAGGGCUUUGAGUUGCAGCUACACUUGGUGGGCGGAGAUGUGGCAGCCUCCUCGACUGAGUCAGUAGAACUGACGCUUUCCACCAAGGAUAAAAGAAAGAGCUUUGUGUUGAUGAAGCACAACGCCCUGAAAGGAGGAAUACUUGAGAUUAGAACCGAAGAGGACUUGCUCUCCGGGCAGGCCUUCUUUGUGCAGGCAACCUUGGCGGAGUACAAUGGAAACUCCCACGGCCCAGAGACCUUGGCAUGUCAGGUGCGGCCACAAGAGCCACAUCGCUACAGCUGUCUUCGUGUAGCUGAGCCAAAGAAGGCCUCUGAAGGUCCACUGCCUUCAGCUUCGUCUGGUGGACAAGAUCAGCAGAUGCAAAUGCAAGGUAUGCACCAUGGCACAGCUGGAUCCGGACAUGAGCAUCCUAUGCACCAAGGUGAACACAUGCAGGGCAUGCAUGGCAUGCACGGCACGAAGGGCAUGCAUGGUUCAGGUAUGCGUGGAAGUACAUCGAUGCGUGGGACAGCAGCUCCUACAGCUUCAAUGAUGGGUGCUCAACAAGCGCCCAUGGCAGCUUUGCCACUCUCCCUUGGCGCUGUGUGCACCCCUGGCUUUGGGAACUGUCCAGCUGGAAGUGAGUGCAAGGUAUAUCGGAGAGAAUUCACCUGCCAGCGACCUGUUGCUUCCACUGUGGCAAAGGGCAGCCGCAUGGUGCUGGUUGGCGGACUUGUGCUCUUCGUUUUCCUCGGUGUCGUUGCCUGGCUUUUUCGCCAGCUUCGGGUCCGUUCCGGACGAAGCUUCGGCAGCUUGCCCAAGGUUGUGGGCAAAGCGAACAUGGACUUGUCGACCAUGAGGCCAAAAGGACCUGCGUACCAAGAAGCCUCCGACAGUGACGAAGACUACAGAGUCUUCUAG